CGCAGCUCGGCCAGAGCGAUCGCGGGGCUGAGCGCGCGUCCGCCCGGGGGCUCCGGCGGCUGCCCCGGCCCGCGGCCCCCUCCCUCGCUCCCGCCUUCCCCUCCUCGCUCGCUGCCUCCCUCCUUCCCCGGCUCCCGAGCCGUCCGCCCGCCGCGCAGCCCGCGGAUCCGCGCCCCCCGCAGCCACGAUGCCCGCGGCCCGGCCGCCCACCGCGGGACUCGGCGGGACCUCGCUGCUCCUCGCUCUGCUCCUGGGGAGCCCCGCGGCAGCUCUGGCUGGAGAUGGGCCACCCGAGGGAGACGCCAGCCCUCCAGGGACUUACCUGAUGCCCUCAGGAGCCCUGGGGAGCAGCAGUCUGAGCCAAGAGAGCCGGGAAGAGAGAGUGACAACCGCGUCCCCGAAUCCGGCGCAGUCAGGAGAAGAGGGUCGGGAGCCUGAGCUGGAAGGGACGGCCCCCUCCGCGCAUCAGGACCCUGCGGCCCUGGCCACGCUGCUACCCGAGGAGGCCGCCACCAAGCAGGCCUUUCCCCCCAGGAAGAAGCUGCCGUCGCUCCAACAGGUGAACUUGGCCAGGAAACAGCUGAGGCCGAAGGCCACCUCCGCCGCGGCCCUCCAGAGGGCGGGGUCCCAGCCAGCAUCCCCGGGCCUGGGCGUCCUCUCCUCCGCCACGGAGAAGCCCCGCCCGCCGGGGGACCCGGACCCCUCGACCUCGGAGGAGACCCGCCGGCCCUCGGAGGAGGAGCCCCUCUGGCUGGACAGGAAGGAAGGCGAGGGGCCCACGACGCCGGCGCCCCUGCAGAUCUCACCCUUCACCGCGCAGCCCUACGUGGCCCACACGCUGCCCCAGAGGCCCGCCCCCGGGGAGCCGGCCCCGCCCGAGGAGGCGCCAGAGGCUCCCCCUGAGGACGCCAGUCCCAUGACCUUGAUGGACAAAGGUGAGAACGAUCUGACCGGGUCAGCCUCCGAGGAGACCACGACUUCCACCAUCAUCACCACCACCACGGUCAUCACGACUGAGCAGGCUCCAGAGCUUCCUCCAGCUCUCUGCAGUGUGAGCUUCUCCGAUCCCGAGGGCUACAUUGACUCCGGAGACUACCCCCCGCUGCCCCUCAGCAACUUCCUGGAGUGCACGUACAACGUGACGGUCUACACUGGCUACGGGGUGGAGCUCCAGGUGAAGAGCGUGAACCUGUCGGAGGGGGAGCUGCUCUCCAUCCGCGGGGUGGACGGCCCCACGCUGACCGUCCUGGCCAACCAGACACUCCUGGUGGAGGGGCAGGUGAUCCGAAGCCCCACCAACACCAUCUCCGUCUACUUCCGGACCUUCCAGGACGACGGCCUCGGGACCUUCCAGCUGCACUACCAGGCCUUCAUGCUGAGCUGCAACUUCCCCCGCCGCCCCGACUACGGGGAUGUCACCGUGAUGGACCUGCACUCCGGCGGGGUGGCCCACUUCCACUGCCACCUGGGCUACGAGCUCCAGGGUGCCAAGACGCUGACAUGCAUCAAUGCCUCCAAGCCCCAUUGGAGCAGCCAGGAGCCCAUCUGCUCAGCCCCUUGUGGAGGAGCUGUGCACAAUGCCACCAUUGGCCGCGUCCUCUCCCCAAGUCACCCUGGAAACACCAAUGGUGGCCAGUUCUGUGUGUGGACAAUUGAGGCUCCAGAGGGCCAGAAGCUGCAUCUGCACUUCGAGAGGCUGUCACUGCAUGAGAAGGACAGAAUGAUGGUGUACAGCGGGCUCACCAACAAGUCCGCUCUUCUCUACGACUCCCUCCAAAUCGAGAGUGUCCCCUUCGAGGGCCUGCUGAGCGAAGGCAACAGCAUCCGCAUCGAGUUCACGUCGGACCAACCGCAAGUGGCCUCAGCCUUCAACAUCCGGUUCGAGGCAUUUGAGAAAGGCCACUGUUACGAGCCCUACAUUCAGAAUGGGAACUUCACCACAUCCGACCCCACCUAUAACAUCGGGACCACAGUGGAGUUCACGUGCGACCCCGGCCACUCUCUGGAGCAGGGCCCGGCCGUCAUCGAGUGCAUCAACGUGCGGGACCCGUACUGGAAUGACACGGAGCCCCUGUGCAGAGCCAUGUGCGGUGGGGAGCUCUCUGCCGUGGCCGGGGUGGUGCUGUCCCCCAACUGGCCAGAGCCCUACGUGGAAGGCGAAGAUUGUAUCUGGAAGAUUCACGUAGGGGAGGAGAAACGGAUCUUCUUAGAUAUCCAGUUCCUGAACCUGAGCAACAGCGACAUCCUGACCAUCUACGAUGGUGAUGAGGUCAUGCCCCAUAUCUUGGGGCAGUACCUCGGGAACAGUGGCCCCCAGAAGCUGUACUCAUCCACACCGGACCUAACCAUCCAGUUCCACUCGGACCCUGCCGGCCUCAUCUUUGGGAAGGGCCAGGGGUUUAUCAUGAACUACAUAGAGGUGUCAAGGAAUGACUCCUGCUCAGAUCUGCCCGAGAUCCAGAACGGCUGGAAAACCACUUCUCACACGGAGCUUGUGAGGGGCGCCAGAAUCACCUACCAGUGUGACCCUGGCUACGACAUCGUGGGGAGUGACACCCUCACCUGCCAGUGGGACCUCAGCUGGAGCAGCGACCCCCCAUUUUGUGAGAAAAUUAUGUACUGCACCGACCCCGGAGAGGUGGACCACUCGACCCGCUUGAUCUCGGAUCCUGUGCUGCUGGUGGGCACCACCAUCCAGUACACCUGCAACCCCGGCUUUGUGCUCGAAGGGAGCUCCCUGCUGACCUGCUACAGCCGCGAAACCGGCACUCCCAUCUGGACGUCCCGCCUGCCCCACUGCGUUUCGGAAGAGUCCCUGGCAUGUGACAACCCAGGGUUACCUGAAAACGGGUACCAAAUUCUGUACAAGAGGCUCUACCUGCCGGGAGAGUCCCUCACCUUCAUGUGCUACGAGGGCUUCGAGCUCAUGGGCGAGGUGACCAUUCGCUGCAUCCUGGGACAGCCAUCCCACUGGAACGGACCACUGCCCGUUUGUAAAGUUAAUCAAGACAGCUUUGAACACGCUCUAGAAGUAGCAGAAGCGGCAGCCGAGACAUCAUUGGAAGGGGGCAAUAUGGCGCUUGCCAUCUUCAUCCCGGUCCUCAUCAUCUCCCUGCUGCUGGGCGGAGCCUACAUUUAUAUCACCAGAUGUCGCUAUUACUCCAACCUGCGCCUGCCCCUGAUGUACUCGCACCCCUACAGCCAGAUCACCGUGGAAACCGAGUUUGACAAUCCCAUCUAUGAGACAGGGGAGACCAGAGAGUAUGAAGUUUCCAUCUAAACAGAGCUCCACUUGAGAAGGGCACUUACAGAUCUGAACUCAACCACGACCUCCUCAAGCAACUCAUCCAGAGAGCAUGUGGCGUUGGAUCGAAACCCCAGAGUGUCGGCUGUCUUCUCUUUAGACUCUUUAUGGAAGAGUUACUGUUUUCUUCACUGUAUUUAUUAUAUUUAAAAUUGAAAUGGGUGUGGUUAGAUGUAUUGCAGCUGCGGCCAAAUUCACGUGACGAGAUCGAUUCUGGAGGCAGGCGGAGGACCUGCAAAUGGCAGACACAGCAGCAGAGGGAAAAAAACAGAAGCAGGUUGAGUUCCUCCCGUCAGCCAGGCCGUGCUACGGCUGCAUCAGACUGCAUGCAUCUUCGGGAGCCAGGCCCACGGUGUCUUUAGUGCAAAUCUAAGUCGCAAGAUUAGGUUGGAAAGGGUGUUUUUUGUUGGGUUAACUUGGGUUGGGAUUUAGCAUGGAGACAUAAACAGGUCCACUCUGAAACACAUCCUGGGUUUGCUCUUCCAAUUUUCCCAGCUUCUAAAAGGUCCUCCCACCUACUCUCCCUCCCUUCCAUGCUCUUUCUGGAGGCAGCAAAAAGGUUACAUAAACAAUUCCUGUUCCCACCCUGGCCUCACUGGAUGCUGGCAAAAUCAGAAACUGUUUUCUCUCUAUAAAGGUGACAAAUGACCAAGGAAAGUUUUCAGAGAAGAUGGGAGAUGUGAGAGUUCCGGUGAAGAACUGGAUGAGGGGGGGACAUUGGGUGAGGGAGUGGAGUUAAAAUGUUCUUUUCUUUGACACCCCUUCAACGGUGAAAGAGCAGACAAUUUAUGCUACAAGUGCCAGAAUCGGUCACCUCGUUCAGCAAGGCCACCCUCAAGUCGUGACAAUAGAUCCACGGGCUUCAGAGGCAUGGGCAGCGUCACCCAUAUAAGUUAUAAGGGUUUAUGUUGGGGAUGGGGGUGCCAUGUGGAAUCCAGGGGUGAGCUCUGUAUUUAUCCUGGGGUACUGAAAUGCCUGAGCCCUCAAAAUAGGGCAGGUUCAAGUGCACAAGCCACAGACAAACUUCAGAAUAGAUUUGCAAUCAAGUAUUUCGGGGGCGGGAGGGUCCUAGGAGGAGAAGCCCACAGCUUGGACGAUGGCGUGAAUGCUGGGGGAGCAGGGGUUUAAAACCACAGCGAACCACACAACAGAACCUGCAUCACGAUGCCGAUGGGACAGCAGUGAGGAGAGAAGGAGGGAUUUGGGGCCAGGACAGGAUUCAUAGCACUUCCUUCAUCACAUGAGCAUCCUGAUAUUUUAUCGGGGUCCUUUCACCCCAACUCAGUGGGACUGGGGAGUAUGUGACUUUCUGGAAGAUUCUUUUCCAAGUCAGGUAUAAAGAAAAGUGGGGUGGGGGGUGCUUGGAAGGAAUAGUAUGUGUGAGGCAGAUACCGCCCCCCAACCCGGGGGCCAUCACCUCCCUAGCAACACCGAUGGCUCAGAGCCCUCUUUGGCGCCCUCCCACGCUCUCUGGAAUUAAGUGUGCUGGCUUUCAAACAAGAAAAGACCUUUCUGGCUGCCAUGCCUCGGGGAGAGUGGCUAGGCCUUCAUCUUUUAGGAGCUUGUUUAGGAAACAUCUGGAGCAGGAUAGGGCAGUUGGCUUUGCACACAGACACAUACAUACCCUCCUCCUAACCCAGAGCUCGGACCUCCAUCCUGGGGGUCUGAGGUCCGAAUAUUUUCUUUCUGCCGGAAAAGAAUCCUGUCUAUAUGCCCCUUAAGGCACGCAUUUGUGGCGCAUGGCAAGAGACAACUAAAGGCUGCUUUUCCAGGCACUCAAAGCCCACCCCAUUUUAUGGAAGACCCAGAGGAGGAGCGUUCCAGACUGUUAGUAAGCAAUGCCGUGUUUGGAAGAGACCAACAAUACAAUUAACGCAACCCUUUUUGUAAAAGCAGAAUCCAAUUUUUGCUUUUAUUUCUAUCUGAUGUUUAUCUAACUCCAACCACGGGUCAUUUGGAAUGAAGAACUCUAGUCAUGAUAUUUGAUUUUAGAACAGACUAUGGUUAUGUGAAAACUAAACGUUUGCCUUUCGUAAAGACUGACGAGAUAUAAAAUCUUUAUUUUAACCCUACUCCCUGAAACUGGCCAGGCCAUGGCCCAGGAAUUCAUAUUGGCUGUUGGAGGGAGAGAAAAGCUGUUGAUUUUUUUUUCAGGAUACCAAUGUCUUACUUCUGUCUUAGUAAUGCAGCCCCCGUAACCAUGUUUUAAAAGUUUAUUUUAGCCUAAAGACGGAUCGUACGAGCUCGACAACGUCCAGUGUGAUUGAAAAGACAGGUCGGUGUCUAUCUUUCUUUUUGAAAUAUCUGAAUGUGUAUUUGUAAAAUGUAAAGGUUAAAAAAUUAAUAAUAAUAGUGCCAAAAAUGUACCGGGCAUCUCAUUUCAGUCCAUACAUGUCUGUUUUUAUAAGCUCGAUAUUAAAACCCAUUGGGAUUAAAUAUUUUUGAACAGGAUACAACCUUGAGAAACUCAAGAAUGGACUGAUCCUUCUUCCCACAAGCCGCUCUUUGUUUUUAAAACAGUGGGGAACUACGUUUACAGAGAUUUCGACCUUCCAAGAAUGCAUGUGAUGGCAUGUAUUACAUGCUCCUUUGUGUCAGCUGUAUCUGUCAGCUACCGCCCAGUGCUUUAAAAAUGCACACACUCAACCCUCUCCAGCUUGGAGCUCAUCCUUUUGGGUUUUCUUUUGAGGGGGGUGGGCAGAAGGGGUGGAAUUAUUUAGCCAACAUAACUAUUCCGGUCGCUACUUGAUGGCGAUGCUUACUUAGCUCCAUUGACACGCUUGAAAUAUGGUCUUUCGAAGCCAGAUCCUUGGAGAACUUGGAACUUCAGGCUGAAAGCUGUGGGAACUGCCAACCAGCCCAGCAGGAAGUACAGUGACUACAUCAUCAGGAUGGUUGUAUAAGCAGAAGUGACUUAGCAAAUAUAUGGGUAGAUUUAGGCUGAGGCACGAACCUUGGGCGAAAAUGACCUUCUCUUGGGGCAAAUCCAAGGGGGAUGACUUUCCUGUGCCCUCGGGUGGGCAUGGCGGGUCCUUCGAGGUCAGAUACCGUGGAGUCGUUCAGCAUCUCCGAAGGGAAGCUUUCUCCUGGGAAAUUUUCAUUUUCAUUUUAUCCCCAAACGGAAUAAAAAGCAAAACGAACUUUCUAAGCUAGAAUAAUGAAAUGAAGUCAUUUUCCACUUUGUAUAUAUUGAUGCUAAUAAAACAAAUGAAAAAGAGUCAA